CUGAGGAGAAUCUCAACUGGCAGUUAACACCGCGCUAGAAGCCUCGGUCCGCGACUUCCAUCUCCAGCGUCACCAUGGGAGCUGUGCUGGGCGCCUUCUCCCUGGCCAGCUGGGUUCCAUGCCUUUGCGGUGGUGCAUCAUGUUUGCUGUGUAGCUGCUGUCCCAACAGUAAGAACUCCACUGUGACUCGCCUCAUUUAUGCUUUUAUUCUCAUCCUGGGCACGAUCGCAUCCUGCAUCAUGCUGAGGGAAGAGAUGCAAGGUCCCCUGAAGAAGAUUCCUGGAUUCUGUGAAGGGGGAUUUAAAAUCAACGUGGCCGAUAUAAAGGCAGAUAAAGAUUGUAAUGUGCAGGUCGGUUAUAAAGCUGUAUAUCGGAUCAGCUUUGCCUUGGCCAUCUUUUUCUUUGCCUUUUAUCUGCUCAUGUUGAAAGUAAAAACCAGUAAAGAUCCCAGAGCAGCAAUACACAAUGGGUUUUGGUUCUUCAAAAUUGCUGCCAUUGUUGGUAUCAUGGUUGGAUCUUUCUACAUCCCUGGGGGCCAUUUCACCACAGUCUGGUUCGUUGUUGGCAUGUUCGGGGCCUUCUUCUUCAUCCUGAUCCAGCUGGUGCUGUUGGUGGACCUGGCUCACUCUCUGAACGAGUCGUGUGUGAAUCGAAUGGAGGAAGGAAACCCGAGGUGCUGGUAUGCUGUUUUACUAUCCGUCACGAGCAUCCUGUAUACCCUUUCAAUCAUCUUUGUCAGUUUGCUCUAUGUAUACUACACCAAACCAGAUGGCUGCACAGAAAACAAGUUCUUUAUCAGUAUUAACCUCAUCCUUUGUGUUGUGGUUUCAAUUCUAUCCAUCCACCCAAAAAUUCAGGAACACCACCCUCGUUCUGGUCUCCUGCAGUCCUCUAUCAUCACCAUCUACACCAUCUACCUGACAUGGUCAGCCCUGACCAAUGAGCCUGAUCAUUCCUGCAACCCAGGCCUGUGGAGCAUCAUUACACACCUGACUGCACCAACCUUGGCUCCUGCAAAUUCAACUGCUCUGGUCCCUACCUCUGCUCCCCCAUCACAGAGUGGGCAUAUUCUGGAUAAUGGAAAUUUUAUUGGGCUGUUACUCUUUGCUCUCUGCCUUUUGUAUUCUAGCUUCCGCACUUCCACCAAUAGCCAGGUAAGUAAGCUGACUCUGUCAGGAAGUGAAAGUGUGAUUCUCCGUGAUACUGCCACCAACGGGUCCGGUGAUGAAGAAGAUGGACAGCCUCGGCGGGCCAUGGACAAUGAGAAAGAGGGAGUUCAGUACAGCUAUGCUAUGUUCCACCUGAUGCUUUGCCUGGCUUCCUUGUACAUCAUGAUGACCGUGACAGGCUGGUACAGCCCUGAUGCGGAGUUCCGGAAUGUGACCAGCAAGUGGCCAGCUGUGUGGGUCAAGAUCAGCUCCAGCUGGGUCUGCCUCCUCCUCUACGUCUGGACCCUUGUGGCUCCAGUUGUCCUCACCAAUCGCGACUUCAGCUGAACCUCUGAGUGCCAGGGACACCACUGAAAUUCAUAAACGUUCCCUUUGCUGAAAGCCCUUUUACUUUUGCUUCAACUAAAAUAUUAAGUGAAUGCUUUGCGAAUUUGACUAUAUCCAGGUUUAUAUCUGAGGGCAAGAUUGAAUUAUGAUUGAUGCAGGAUCUGAACUUUUCAUUUACAUUGCAUUGUUUAUUUUAAGGAUAUAGCUCAAAGGGAACAUUUUUGCCUUGUAAAGUGAACUACAGCUGUGCUGUGAAGAGAGUCCUUUAUUAAGACCUGUAGGUCCCUACAGCUUUGAUUUAAAAUGUAAGAGAAAACUAUUGGAUAUUUGAGGCCAUCGUUAAUAUAUUUCUAUUGCAGUAUCCUUAAAGAGAAAGAAAAAAAUUAAUAAUGUAUUUCUAGGACAGUUUUCCUCUGUGAAAGUCUUUACUUGGGUGAUGCAAGCACCCUGUUCAGUCCUUAAACUCUUAAGAGGUGUAGCAUCAUAGUACUUGAGCAAAGGAGUAUGUGUGUGAGUCCUUCCCCAGAAGAGGGAUUGCUGAUAGGGCUACUGCUUCUGCACCUUGACACUUUUAAUUUUUUUUAUACUACAGCAUUGAUGCUGCUUGAUUCAAGUCUAUGGUUUUGCCAGAACAUUAACUUCAAUAAAUGCUUUGUCGAUUUGGUUAAAAUGAAGAUUCUCUUGGGGAAAAACUGCCAUUUUAGUCAAUGUAAUUAUUUUGUUAUGAGUAUGUAAAAGUAAAAUGCAUGUGAAUUUAUUAUAUUUGCACUAUAAGGUAUUUGAUUACAAUAGACUUAUGCUUUUAAGGCCCUUUCUUUAACAGCUUUUAUGAAUUAGUAGCCAUUCUAUAUUUUUUAGAUUUAUGUGGGCAGUCAGAUUUAUCAGGCCUCAGCAGAAUGUGUCUGUUCCUGCUAAAACUUAAGGGCUGCUGAGUAAAAUCUUGAACUCCUUCAACAAUUUUACUAAUAUCUUCUCUGGGUGAGACUCUUGGGUAGAUGAGAGGCAGGGGAAAGGAAUUGUCAGGAAUCCUCCAGGAGAGGUGGCACACAAGGAGAUAGAAGUUUGUUCUUUCAACAAAGAUUUACUGUCUGUUCUUUACCAACCCAGCCCAUCAGGUUUUGGGAUACAACUUUAAGCAUGAUAGGCAUCAGCUCUGCUAUCUUGGACUUAGAGUUUCAAGGAUGAUGAAAAUGAGAUAACAAGUGGUACAAUGUGGUGUAAUUAGUGCUGGGACUUAGGGAUUGCAGAGAACUCAAAGAAGAGGUGCCCGGGUUAGGGGCGUGUCAUGGUAGGCUUCCUGGAAAGAGUGAUGUCUAAGACAAGAAUUGUUAGGAGUUAGCUAAGAAAUGGGGACGUGGGAUGGCAUUGCUGAAGGGUAGACAAAACUGCAUGUUAAAGGCAGGGAGAUUUUUAAAAAACUUGUUUAGUAAAGCCGGAAUGGGGAGAAAUGGGCUGAGACUAGGUUAUGAAAGGCUUUGUAAACCACGCUAAGGAGUUUAGACCUUAUGUUGAGGGCAGUGGGGAGCGUAUUUAUAGUGGCAUGAAUAAAUUGUGUCCUCAGUCACUGUAUAUAUAGAGAAUGGAUUUAGAUAAGACCAGGCAGUCCAUGUAAGAUCUGAAACAGAUAAGUGAAAGUGAGAAUGGAGAGAAAUUGACAGCUCAGAGCUACUUAGUAAUUAAAAUUUAAAAAUUGGCCAACUAUGGGUGAGAAGCAGAUUCCUAAGUGAUUCUGGUUUAACCACUGGGGUCGAUGGUGGUUCAAUUUAUAUGGUGAGGGGCAAGCUGUGCUAGAAGGAUGGAGGUAUGGUCCCUUAAGAAUGCCAAAGAGCAUAUUCUUCAAAGUCUGACUGGGUUUGCAUUAGUUUUGCCAUUUUCUUUGUGUCAAACAGCUAAUGUUGUUGACUAUAUACUAAGCUUUAUGACCUUGGGCAAAUGACUACCUGUCUGAGCCUCACUGUUUUCUUUGAACAAAAGAUAGUAUUUAGUAUUUAGUGCAUAAGAUUGUUUGGAGAGUAAAGCUACCUUGCAAAGUGCUUAACUCAUUUUAAGCACUCUGGUAGUAGCUGGUAAUCUCAAUAUGGGCUAAAAAGAGACUGCCCAAUAUUAAAAGGUCAGAGAGUUUCAGUCACAAUCUAGCACAGGCUAGAACUGAGGUGUUCUUACAGGGUUAAACACAGGGACCUAGAGGGCACAAUCUCAGUUGGGGUGGAGGUGUGCAGGUAGGGAAGCAGGGCUUGAUAAUAGAAAUUGUUGCAACCACCGUCUUCUAAACCAGUGGUUUAUUUUGGGGUACAGAAAUAAGGUUGUAAGGGAUUUGGAGGGAAGAUAGGGGAGGUUUAGCUCUUUUCCAGUAUAAAGCAGACACCCCGCUUUCCUUAAUAGCAGGGCCAGCCAGAUUAAACCCAUUAAGGUCCUACCUUAUGUAAUUCAAAAUAAAAGCAAUACUAAACUGUAAAAUAAGUGUAAUAAAGUUCAAUAAAGUUUUUAAAUUUUUUCUUAUGAUA